AAAUCAUGAAUCCUGUGUAUAGCCCUGGAUCUUCUGGGGUUCCCUAUGCAAACGCCAAAGGAAUUGGUUAUCCAGCUGGCUUCCCGAUGGGCUAUGCAGCGGCUGCUCCUGCCUAUUCCCCUAAUAUGUAUCCUGGAGCAAAUCCUACCUUCCAAACAGGUUAUACACCAGGCACCCCAUAUAAAGUAUCUUGUUCACCCACCAGUGGAGCAGUGCCACCAUAUUCCUCAUCACCGAAUCCCUAUCAGACUGCUGUGUACCCAGUUCGAAGUGCCUAUCCACAGCAGAAUCCAUAUGCACAGCAAGGCACUUAUUACACACAGCCUUUAUAUGCAGCACCACCCCACGUAAUUCACCACACCACAGUUGUGCAGCCCAACGGCAUGCCAGCAACUAUGUAUCCUGCUCCGAUUCCGCCACCAAGAGGAAACGGUGUGACUAUGGGGAUGGUGGCUGGGACUACUAUGGCAAUGUCAGCAGGUACUUUGUUGACAACUCAUUCCCCAACUCCAGUAGCCCCUCAUCCAGUUACUAUGCCCACAUACCGGGCUCCAGGAACACCAACCUAUAGUUAUGUGCCCCCACAGUGGUGAUCAUCCUGGCAGUCAGUGUUUGAAGAUGGGAGAUAUGCAAUCAAGAAAUUGAGGUUUAAAAGUUGGUGCUGAAGCCCUCAUGCCUCCAACCAGGACUUUUCUUCUGAAUGCUUUCAACACUUGGCUAAACACUACUAAUUCCUGAUCACUGAAGAUUUUCCAGUGCUGCAUAUCUUACAUCUUGGAACUCCAGCAGUUAGUCUUAAAGCAAAUCCUGUUUUGUGGACUGUCUUGCAAUUUUUUUAGAUAAUUAUAAUGAUAAAAAGGGAGUAUAAAUUUAUUCUGAUCCAUAUCUAGUUGAAUGCAUGUUAAAACACAAAAACAAAGCUUGCUCAAUCUACCUGCAGUGACUGAUGCAAAAACCAUCAUAUGCAAAUCCAAAGGAACCGAAAAGUAUUUUACAACUUGUAUCACUAAUGCACUGUUGUAAUGUAUGCAGGGUCUUAAAAGGUAGAAUCAUGAAAGUGAGUUUCUUUAUAGAAUACCAUAAUAUACAGUAGAUAAGUGCUUCAGCCUUUUUCAGGUUGAUGGAGCUGCCAGUUUUAAAAGGGGCAUAUUUUUAUUUAAGUGAUGUAUUCUUUUCAAAUUCAACUACUAAAUUGGAGUGACUGGAAAAUGAAUCAGACAAGCUGUAGAAAUCCUGCACACAAUUAGUUUACUUCAUACCUUUUCAUUUUCAUUAUAUGGGUUCAGUGUUAUACAGAUGUUCUUAAGGAUCAGAAUGGAAUGACAAAGGUACUGUGUGUGCCAGUAAAUAAAGCAAACUUCCUUGAGGCAAAACUGGCUCUUCGGAAUAGUAGGAGGUGACAUCACCUGCAUAAUGAGUUGCGUGUCCUGGGGAGAUAUAUAUCCAGUACUAUCUUUCAUAUGACACAAGAUGUGUCAAAAGUGAGACUGCCACACAGACUGAUAGAAAAACACUUUCUUUUAGUUCUCAGUUCAGGAAGUCCGUGCUGUUUUUCCU